AUGGCUUUUCAAAACUUUCAGGUUGCCAAGGAUCCAUCAGGGAAGGACAUCAAUGCACUUGAGCAGCAUAUCAAAAACCUCCUGAGCCCUUCUACUCCAUUUUUCUUCAAUACUUUGUAUGACCCUUACCGUGUUGGCGCCCGAUUUUGUUCGUGGGUACCCCUUGACCUUCGUGAGGGUGUCCCAACCGCUGUUUCUCACGGGCUUUGGCUCAACAUUCGAGACUAUGAUGCCCCUACCCACUUUGUUAAGCCCUUGAGAGAGAAACACCAGGGCACUCUCUUCCCUAUGUGUGGAAUGAACCUUGCAUUUGACCGUGAGCUCAUUGGUCCUGCAAUGUACUUUGGUCUUAUGGGUGAUGGCCACCUAUUGGUCGCUACGAUGAUAUGUGGGCAGGAUGGUGCACAAAGGUAUAUUCCGUUAUCACCUUCCUAUUUGCAUUCUGUUAUGCCCAUAAGCGCAACAAAAACAAUUCCAUGGCCCACAAUUGGUUUUCAUUAUCUUUGUCUCGACAAAACCACGCCAAUGUCUUAUCUCGCUGCAACACACACGGUGAUUACGGAUCAUACGGGCACGGGUGUGAAGACCGGCCUACCCUACAUCCGCACAAACAAAGCAAGCAACCUGUUUGUGAACUCGAAGAAGGAAUACAACGGCAUCUUCCGGCAAGAAGAGUCGAUCCCGUUCUUCCGGUCGGUCUCCCUUCCAAAGGAGGCCACCACGGUCCAAAAGUGCUACCUCGAGUUGGCCAAGCGGUGA